AUGGCUACUGCAUCACUAAACCCUAACGCCCCAGUUUACUACCCCUCGCCGCUUCUCUACCAUCCUACUACGCUAGAGCUCUACAACCCACCUUCCUCUUUGUACUCUUCCCAACCCCUUCUCCUCCUCCCAAACCCUUCUUUCCAUGAACAACAACAACAACAACAACAACAACAACAGCAACAACAACCCUUCUACUUCGAGUACCACCAAACCCCCUCCCACACCUCCCUCCUCUACGCCUCCUCUCCGCCCCCUCAACCCUUCUACUACUACCACCCGCUCCCCCAAACCCUCUACUCCUGCUACUACCACCACCACUUCACCUCACCCCCCCUAUCGUUCCCUGGCCAGAGAGCCAUUAUCGAAGAGUUCAAGGAAAGGGAUCAUCAAACCACAGCAGGCGACAACGCCACCGCCACCGCCAACGCAGCGGAGGAGGAUGUGAGAGUGAGGAGCUACGGGUGCUUCGGGCGCAAGAAGAUCUUCGCGCCGAAGCCGAAGCCGAAGAGCCGGCGGAAGCCUUCUUCGGCUUCUCCGCCGCAGCUGCUGCAUUCAUCCGUGCCACUGUUGCAGAAGAGGAGGGCGUGCGCAGAAUUCGAGUUCGGUUGUAAUGAAGAGAACAAGACCACGGUCAUGAUCAAGAACCUGCCCAACAAAUUCACGAAGGAGAAGUUGAUUUGCAUACUGGACCAGCACUGUGUGGAGGAAAACCAGAAGUCGCGAUAUUUAAAGCGCGGGGAAGACGGCGAAGGGUCGCUGGAAAACGACUCCAGCGAGUUCGACUUUUUCUACCUCCCAAUCGACUUCAGGAGUGGGAGCAACUUGGGGUACGCGUUUGUGAACUUCACCACCCCCGCCGCGGCGUGGAGGUUGCAUAGGUUCCUUCACAACUACGAGUGGAAGCUCCACGGAUCCCGCAAGGUGUGCGAGGUGACCUACGCUCGGAUUCAGGGCCUGGAGGCUCUUCUGAGGCACUUCAAGAACUCGGUUUUCAUCUGCGGCUACGAUGAGUUCCUUCCUGUCUCCUUCGACCCUCCUCGCGACGGCGUCCGUCGGCCGGAGCAGCAGUUCAUUGGCAAGCGGCUUUCGCCCACGUCGCUGCCUCCUGCAGGCCUUAAAGGGAGGAAAAAGGGUGAAGAAUAGUUAGGAUAUGCAUACUUGGUCUUUGUUAGCGACGCCAUCUCCUCCUAUCUACCUUUCUAUCCAACUAUAGAGAGAGAGAGAUGGAUGGAUAGAAGGGGAGAAAGGUUGGAUAUAUUUAAUAGAGAGUUUAACCCUAUGUUGUAAUAUUAGAUAUAUAAGUUAUGAACUAAACUAAC